UUACAUCUCAAGAAUUAGUUAUUCGGAAAUUUUGAAAAAUUAGUGGAAUUCCCCUUUAGGCAUAACAACGCCACUUUUAUAUCCUCUGUGUAGUUAGAGUCUAGUUUUAUUGCCAAGUUACAAAGAACAUACGUAAGUAAAAUAAAAAUGAAAGUAUUUAAAAGGUUGUGCAAACAACACUACUGCAUGAGGCAGAAGACUACAGUGUCCACUUCUCAUUGAUGGGAAUAGACGCUGCAAUUCCUGCGCGGAUAUUCACAAACGGCUUUUGCGAAACUGCUUGCGCUGUGCCUCACGGAAAGCUUCGCUCUCUACGCUCGUAGCGUAAACAGCGCAAUCGGUAAAACGUCGAUAGGAGGCCACAGUCGUCUGUCAGCUGAAAAGAGCGAGUCUGGGGCCACAACAAGAGUAACUGUUUUCGAUUUUCACCCCACAGUUGUCGUAUUUUUUCGGAAUUAACCCACUGAGACGAUACCUCAAUAUGAAAUUACAACAGUAGUGGGAUCCAGGUGAGUUGAGCUGUGGGAGCGGACGUUGCUCCCCCUUUCCCCCUGCACUCCCCUGUCCCCUGCCCCCCUGGACGGAUCAGACAUGACCACAGGGGAGUGUUGCCACCUCCCAGGUUCGCUGUGCGACUGCACUGGCAACGCUGCCCUGUCCAAAACUGUGGAGGAGUCGGACAAUCGCCGGGCGCAGUACGUCACCCAGGUCACGGCCAAAGAUGGACGCCUGCUGUCGACAGUCAUCAAAGCCCUGGGCACACAGAGUGAUGGGCCGAUUUGUCGGAUCUGCCACGAGGGGGGCAACAGCGAAGGGCUCCUUUCACCGUGUGACUGCACAGGGACUCUGGGCACAGUGCACAAGAGCUGCCUGGAGAAGUGGCUGUCCUCCUCAAACACUAGCUAUUGUGAGCUGUGCCACACAGAGUUCACCAUCGAGCGCAGGCCCAGGCCCCUCACAGAGGUAACAAAGUGGCUCAGGGAUCCAGGGCCGAGGAAUGAGAAGCGCACCCUCUUCUGUGACAUGGUGUGCUUCCUUUUCAUAACACCCCUGGCAGCCAUCUCGGGGUGGCUGUGUCUGCGGGGGGCUCAGGACCACCUGCACUUCAACAGCCGCCUGGAGGCAGUGGGCCUUAUCGCGCUCACCAUCGCUCUCUUUACCAUCUAUGUCCUCUGGACUCUGGUGUCAUUCCGCUACCACUGUCAGUUGUACUCAGAGUGGAGACGAACCAAUCAGAAAGUGCGCCUGCUCAUUCCAGACGCCAAGGGUGCCCACUCUACCCAGCAUUCCUUGCUCUCCACCAAGCUGCUGAAAAAGUCAGCAGAUGAGACCAUAGUAUGAGAUCCAUGGUUUUUCCUGGGGGGUGGUGGGGGACACGAUAAAGCAUUGUUAUUAGCGUGCUAAAAGGUUCUUGAUGCACCAUGUCAUCAGCGAGAGCCACAGCACUUUUGGAUGCAUUCUUUUCUAUUUAAUCCUUUUUAUCUAAAUAUGUGAGCACUUCUUUUUUUUCCCACCAAUCUCUUUUUAUUGUGUGUGGGUUUUUCCUCUUUUUUGAGCUUCUGUAAGUUGUUUUAUGGUUUAGGAAUGAUUCUAUUUAUUUGCUUACUCAUAGGAAGGCCCCAUACUAAGCUUUAUUUUUAAGACUGUCAGAAAUCUAAAGCGAGAGAAUAGGAGAUUGGGUAAUGCGUUGAGAGACAUAUGCAGGAAAGCAGGAACAGCUGCUGAAGCUUAGAACCAAACUCUUCUUUUGGACAGUUAUAGUUUUUUUUCAGUUUUUAAACCAUUUUGCAUCUUGAUUGGAUGAAAAUUGGUCAAGGCCAGUUGUUGAGCAAUUUAGCCCUUGUGGUUCUCAAUGACACGAUUGAUGUAUAUUAUGAAAGCUCAAAGCUUUGUUUUCUGUUCGUAAGCCCAUUUAGUGAUUUUUGAAGUGUUACAGGAUGACAGGGCCCAGUUUGGCCUGCCAGCGGAAUGGGCUAUAAUGGAGUGAGGUGCAAGCACUGGACCUCUUAAACAUACUCCUACAGUGUAGAAAAAAGAAAACAGACCAUAAUAGGAGUGUGCAAUAAGACACUGUCCUUUGACCUUUCAGUAUGAGGCACUGUACGGCCUCUGACAUGCACAGGUUUGCAUGCAUGCAUAAUCCUCUCGUUUCUUUUUUUUAUUUUUGUUAAAAGUCUCAUGAAAUUAGUGACUGUUAAAGUUGCUAUCUCAGAUUUCAUCUGUGGAUCAGCAUAGGCUACAUUUUCACACCUGUUAAAACCAAGCUCUCCAAAAUGCGUAAAAGCGGCAUGCAGUGGUCCUACAGUGGUAGCACUUAAUUACUUAAAACGAUGACUUUAAGUAGCCUAGAUGUGAGCUGAUCAAAUGUAGAUAUGUGUAUGCAUUCAGGAUUCAUUGGGAAGCAUUAUUUUAACUUUGUAAAAUUGAAAGUGGCGAACACACAUUACGACUUCAUUAUUGUGACGGAUUGUCGUUCAAAUGACUCUUAGUUUUGAAUAUGUUCCAGCUACCAGUGGCUGAUAAGACUGUGGCUGUGUGAAAGGGAAGGAUGUGUGCGCGCAUUCACAUAUGCGUAUGUAUGCAUAUACAUGUUUUGUAUUAAGGUCUGUAUUUUUGUGCUGUUUAAUAAUUUCUGGUGAGUAUAAAUGGCGGAGAUGUAGGGUGGCAUAUUUUAUGGUUUUGUAGCAGUUUUACCUUGUUUAAUAUGCAGUUUUUGGGGGGCAUUUGUCUGAUAACAGGGGAACAAUUGGAUUUUCAUGCAUAUACAGCACUCCAGUAUGAAGCAAACAAGUUGGUCAUCAAGACUUCUCCAUGUUACGUGUUACAAGAAUGAUGUGCAAAACACCACCAACCAUCAGAGCUAACUUUACAGAAAAAAACCUGACAUGUAUAAACCUCUGAAGUUGUCGUCAUCCUGUAGUCAGCAUGCCCAUGAUAGGAACACCAGUUCUAAGCUGGUUUUCACUGUGAAAAAGAUAAAUGCUGUUUUCGAAAUUUGCUGCUAUCGCACCUUAUGGAAAACGGAAACUUCCCAAAGGCAGGAUGUAUGUACACCUUUCCGCCAAAUGUUGCCAAAUCCUCUGCAUAACUAGAUUGUUAAAGAGCUAAAAUGCAAAUAUUGCUACAUGCAAGCUAACACUCCUACACAAAGAACUAUCACAAUACUGGCAACCUCACCAAAAUAACCCACACAAACCAGCAAGCUGUAUCAAAUGUGGUAGUGGCCCACAGUAUAGUGUACAAGAGUGUUAGGAAAAAGACUCAACAAACUCUUCUCCUAUUCUCAUGCUGCCUCAGGUCUUGGGAAUUCUGCAGAACAAAGCUUGUAGUGCUUGCAGUCAAACAUGCAUUGGAGAAAUGCAGUUUAACAGACUCAGCUUUAUUCAGAAAGACAGAGAGUUCAUAUAUUACCCUAUGCAGGUGUUGGCACAAAGAACAUGAACAGGCCGUAUAUGAUGGAAUGUUCUAGAGCUAUGAGAAGCUGAAGGCCCCAUCCUGGCCUUCCUUUACCAGCCUCAAGGCCGCAGCCUUCAUUUUUUCCACAGACAAUAACAACUCAGCAUAUAUUGAUGCAAAAACAAGAAACACACUCAGUUUCGGCGGUUGUUACAUAUUCUAAGUAAAAAGCAAACAUAACACAGCUAUGCACUUUAACUCUUUCAAAUAUUGCUGAAGUUUCAUACUAGACUUAUUGUCAUGCCGCAUCAUUUUAGUCUACAGGGAUAUUAGCUUGCUUGUAGCAUGUUUGUAGCAUUAUUCAUAUUUCGACUGCUAAACAACCUAAUUUAGAGAAUCCAGUGUUACCUGGGGGAAAAAUAUACGUAGGACAAAAUCGGGUUUGGAACGUUUUUGUUUACUACAACAUGCGAUAGCAUAGUUUUUGAAGAGCCAUUCAUUUUUAAAAUAGAGAAAAUCUGCUUAGACCCAGCUCAGAGUUCCUAAUAUGGCUUCAGAGGUCUAUUGAGUGAAAUGCAUAUUGUAUCUUGAAUGAUAGGCCCUCCUCCUAAUGGCUUUAUGGACCUCCUGACCAAAGCAAGGCCGAUAUGCAGUUCUUGAGGGACCAUGUCUUAUCAACGUACUCUUCAGUCCCUGUUCUGAAAGCUGGGUAUCUUGGUCACAUUGAAAACGUCUCAUUGAUGUCUGCUCUCCCUUACCCAGAGAUGGACUGUAUUUAUGGAGGUCCAGAUAGACUCUAAUGUCCAAGAAUUAACACUAAAGUUUUGGACAUGCUUUGUAAAUUUGUAGAUAUGUCUCAUGUCUGUUUAAGGCACUCAAGAAGCAAAGUUUGCUCACAGUCCAGGUGUGUAUGUGUAACUCUGUGUGUGGCUGUGUUUAGGGAUCGGGGCUGUGAAUGUUCGAAUGACUGACCGACUGCUGCACUCGACUAAUGUACAAGGCCGGCCUGACCUUUGGCCCCAGACCAGUCUAAGCAGUCGACCCUUGUUAAGUGUUAUGUUGACCUUCAACAGUGCCACAUUCAGUACUGUGCAGAAAUCAGAAACUUCCCUUCAUUUGUUUAAUUUACAGUCAAAAUGCCAAUGUUAAGUUUUUUUCUUUUUUAGUGUUUGGAGAAAAAAGCAGAAAACAUGCAAUUAACAAAAAAUUAUACAGAAACCUCAACAGCUUAAUGUAAGUGAUUUUUUUUUUCUGUAUUUACUGUCUAUUUUUUAGCUGUAUUACAGCUUCCAUUCUUUUCAGGAGACUUGCUUUUUAGUUUCAGGAAUAUUUUUUCACACCUCUGAAGUUCAGUCUUAGAAGUUGGUUGCAUUUUCUGCUUUUUACCAUCCCAAACACAUUCAAACUUUUAGUCUAUGGCUUUUUCUCAGUGAGGCUUCUUGACAGCAGCACGUCCUUUCAGACGCAUAGAGUUCAUUUCUCACAGUGGAAGGAAAGCUGAGCUUGAUUUUCUUCUCGCUCACAAAGAUGAAAGCUUUAAGUGCUGUUUAUCUGAUGUUGACUGUUUUGGUGGUCUACCAGGCCUUGCAAAGUUGUUUAGACUAAUUUGACCCUGCCCUUCCUUGUGCAAGUGGGCUAUCUAAUCUAACCUCCUCAGAAAUCUCUCCUGAAAAAUGAAUGACUUCUACUUAAUGACUGAUUUGACUGGGAGUGUAAAGUAAACAAAGGUUGGCCUCUGACUUUUGCACGGUACUGAAUGAAUGAGUUCAAAACAAACAAUAAAAGGUGCUUGCUUCUGUAAGUGGAGUAAAAAAACAUGGACGAACCUCUAGUCUAAGUCAUAAACCUAUCAUAGUGCUGUUUGCACUACUCACCACCUCUUUGUUAACGGAGUGAAAAUCACCACAGAGAUUUCUUGCAAAUUAUUGUUUACUUCUUUCAAGUGUCACUCAACACUCUAAAUGAAUCCUAUUUUGGACAGUGGUUUGUUUUGGAAAGCGGUGUGCAAUAGAGUUAAUAGAAGCUUAUAACAUUAAUUGUCAUUUUUAUUUUUUUUAUUUUUUUUUUGGGAAGGAAAAAAUGUUGGCAAAAACUCCUCUCUGUAUUAUUAUAAUCAUUACUGUCGUGUGUCGUGGGACUGAGUAGCUUUGGGAAGAAUUUGCACUUUUGUGCUGAUCAUGGAAGCCCAACUUUUACCAUCAUGAAAAACUGCAAAACUGGUCUCAGAUCAGCAGCUAAGCGCAUUUUCACCAGCUGACUGCUGCUCUUAGUAACACUGUCUUUUAUUGUGUGCUUCCAUCUGACAUGUUUGCCUUUUUUUUCUUUCUGGGCCAUUAUCUGUUUAUUUUGCAAUGUGGGGUGGUUAAAAAAAAAAGCUAGAGUGCAAUUUCAAUAAUAUUACAAUGCAAUUCUUACCUAUAACCUUAACAGUACAUGUAAGAUUAUUACUACUAUAUAGAUGUAGAAUAUGAAGGAUUGUAGGAAUACAUUCACACAAGAAGAGGAAAACAGUGUUGGAUUUUUAAUACUUGUAAGUGGAUGCCCCUGAGUUCCCUCCACUAUGCAAACCUGCAAGUAUACUUAAGCAGUUGAGAGGGUACUGCUUUACUCUAGUGUUAAUACAGCUGACCCAAUCUGUUCUUUUACCUGAGAAACAUGCAUGCUCUUUAUUGUAUUAUUAUUUUUUAGCCAUAUUGCACUUUCACUGAUUUAUUAUUGGAAAAUGGUUUGCCUUUUCCAUAUUACACAUUUCAGAGGGUUUAAAAUAAACCCUGGUUGAUAUUCUAUCCAUCUCUGGAUUUGGAGAACUGGUCCACUUUUGUUGCAUUAAAAAAAAUCAUGUUUAAGACCAAUCAUGUUUCUUUUGUUUGUUUCUGUAAGAUGAAAGUAAGCAAUUGUAAACAUUGUACACAGUUUUCUUUUUAUUUCUUUAUGUUGUCAUUGUGUUUUAAUGUAUUCAUACCAUAUGUAUCAUUUGCAAUGUAUGUCUUCAUUUAUUCAUCCAGCACCGGAUUUUUAUCGCUCGAACCCAUUUUUGAGAUACUGUAUGUUUACGUAGUGCAGUGGAUAAAGAACGGUGUGUCUGUAUCGUCCUCACCAAAAUAUGUUGGUGCUUGCAAUCAGCCAAGAAAAGUGUGCAAAGCAAAUUAAAAAUGAUGCUCUGGA